UCAGGGAGGUUGAAUGAGAGCUGGAGGAGUUCCUGCAGGGAAGCGUUACUAUGGCCAGCGUUCUGCACUUCACUCUGCUUUUAUUUCUGAAUUGUGGCUCCUUUGUUUCAAACGUACUUGCCAUUAACACGACUACAGCGAGAACCACUGUGGUUUCAGUUGCAGUUUUCACAGCAACUGAGAGCCUCCUUUCUGCAGGGAGACCUAAUGCCACUGAGGUUCCCACCACAGGAUUCACAACCGGUUACAGUAAAUCAACAGCAAAAACCACCACAAGUGCUGAAGACACAACUAAAGCAGCAGAGAGAGCAUCGGCCAGACGAGGAGCCGAAGAAGAGGAAGGUCCUGUGGAAUUAGAAUGUCCUCCGCUGGGUCUGGAGUCUCUGAAGGUCAAAGACACUCAGCUGAGGGCUUCGUCCUUUAAACGCAGAGGCCUGGGUCCCCACCGGGGCCGACUCAACAUCCAGUCUGGGAUACAUGAUGGAGACAUCUACGACGGAGCCUGGUGCGCUCAGAUCAGAGACACGAAGCAGUGGCUGGAGGUCGACGCUCAGCGGCCGACUCGCUUCACCGGAGUCAUCCUGCAGGGACGCAACUCCAUCUGGAGUUGGGACGUGGUUCAUACCUACAAGGUGCAGUUCAGUAACGACACGCUGGUCUGGAAGCCGUGCAUGAACGGGACCGAAGAGGCUGUAUUUGAAGGAAACCAAGACGCAGAGACACCCGUCCUCGCCCUGUUCAACACCUCCACAGUGGCACGCUACAUCCGGAUCAACCCACAGACUUGGUAUCAGAACGGGACACAGGGGGACAUCUGCCUGAGAGCCGAAGUGUUGGGCUGCGCACUCCCAGAUCCUAAUAACAUCUAUGCAUGGCAGACGGAGCCCACGGAGUCCAGAGACAAACUGGACUUCAGACACCACAACUAUAAAGAGAUGAGAAAGCUGAUGAAGUCGGUGAAUGAUGCGUGUCCUGACAUCACCCGCAUCUACAGCAUUGGGAAGAGCUACACCGGCCUGAAGCUCUACGUCAUGGAGAUCUCCGACAACCCAGGAAAACACGAGCUGGGAGAACCAGAGUUCCGAUACGUUGCAGGGAUGCACGGGAACGAGGCGCUGGGUCGGGAGCUUCUGCUCAAUCUGAUGCAGUACAUGUGCCAAGAGUACAAACGGGGAGACCAGCGCAUCGUCCGCCUGGUCAAAGAGACCCGCAUCCACCUCCUGCCCUCCAUGAACCCUGAUGGAUACGAGAUGGCCUUUAAAAAGGGCUCAGAGCUGGCAGGCUGGGCGCUGGGCCGCUACAGCUACGAAGGCAUCGAUAUGAACCACAACUUCGCUGACCUCAACUCUGUGAUGUGGACCGCCAUUGAGCUGGAGACGGACCGGUCCAAACUGAUCAACCACUACUUCCCCAUCCCUGAGCAGUACACCUCUGAGGAAGCCUUUGUGGCGUCCGAGACACGAGCCGUCAUCAGCUGGAUGCAGAACAUCCCAUUUGUCCUCAGCGCUAACCUCCACGGCGGAGAGGUGGUGGUCACCUACCCGUACGACAUGACCCGGGACUGGGCCCCUCGCGAGCACACCCCCACUGCUGACGAGAGCUUCUUCCGCUGGUUGGCCACAGCGUACGCCAGCACCAAUCAGGUGAUGUCCAACCCGGACCGGCGGCCGUGCCACAACAAGGACUUCCUCAGAUAUAACAACAUCAUCAACGGAGCCGACUGGCACAACGUACCAGGAAGUAUGAAUGACUUCAGCUACCUGCAUACCAACUGUUUCGAGGUGACGGUGGAGUUGUCCUGUGAUAAAUUUCCUCACGCCAGCGAGCUUCCCAUCGAGUGGGAGAACAACAGAGAGUCUCUGCUGGUUUACAUGGAGCAGGUCCACCGUGGAAUUAAGGGUGUGGUUCGGGACAAAGACACAGAGGCUGGGAUUGCAGAUGCCAUCAUCAAAGUUGAUGACAUUGAUCAUCACAUCAGAUCAGCGGCUGAUGGUGACUACUGGCGGCUGCUGAACCCCGGUGAGUACCGGGUGACAGCCACUGCAGAGGGCUACUUACCCUCCUCCCGCACCUGCCAGGUCAUGUAUGACCACUACCCCACCAUCUGUGACUUCCGCCUUACCAAGAUGCCCAAACAGAGGCUAAAGGACAUUCUGGCUAAGGGGGGGAAACUUCCAAAGGACUUGCAGCUCAGGCUGCGGCAGCUACGCAUGCGGAAGCUGCGUGUCACCACCAAGGCCAUCAAUCAGCGGCGCGCUGCUGCUGCUGCCAAACGGGCAAAGAGGGUGUGACGGUGAAUAAAGAUGAGAACAAAGCAGGACUUGGUUCAGACAGCCACCUUCACUGGAUUCACGUCAGGUUUUCUUUUUUUUUUUUUUUAAAUGCUGUAAUUUAUCAAAGACAACAGCUGGGCACCACGCUUCUUCUUCUUCUUUUUUUGGUAAAGCAAUUUUUCUUAGUUAUUUUAUACCAGUACACAUGCACACCUGAGAAUGAACACUUUGAUCUUCUGCUGUGGAGCAGCAGAGCAUCUAAGGCAGGGGUGUCCAAUCCUGGUCCUCGAGAGCCACAAUCCUG